GUUCGCGAGGGCCAUCUCUUGGCACUCACUGGCCUUUCGGACGCGCUGUCCGUCGCAGGAUCCGCCCAUAACGCCCUAGAACGUUCAAUUAAGCACUUGUAUUUAUCCGAACCUCACUACCUUGGCACGGGCUCGGAGAAAUACCGUGUCUUUUGCCAUGGGCUCGACGCGGCCUAUAUAACUCUGACGUGCGCAGGGAGAACCGCCUCUCGGACGUGCAUGCACGCCUGCCCUCUCGUCCUCGUUCCCCAGAGAGAUGUCCCUCGAACGCUCCCCAUCGAUCGCUUCCAAGGAGGAGGCAGAGUUCGGAUUCUCCAAGGAGGUUGCGCUUGGAGACGAAGAGUUUGGCGGCACCGAAGAGCGCAAGAAGUUGGAGCGCAAGCUGCUUCGCAAGCUUGACAUGCGAAUGUCUAUCCUGGUCGUUAUCUACAUUCUCAAUUACAUUGACCGUAAUAAUGCCAGCGCUGCACGUCUGCGUGGAUUUGAGGCGGAUUUGCAUCUCAAAGGGCAACAAUUUGCAACGAUUCUGAGCAUUCUCUACGUCGGCUACAUUCUCAUGCAGAUUCCCUCAAAUAUGUUGCUCAACUACACCGGUCGACCGUCCAUUUACCUCCCGUGCUGCAUGAUGAUCUGGGGCACCAUCUCCUGCCUCACGGGUGUGACGACCAAUUUCGUCGGCGCGUUGCUCACGCGGUUUUUCCUGGGUUUCGUCGAAGCCGCCUUCUUCCCCGGCGCGUUGUUCCUCCUGUCCAAGUGGUACACGCGCAACGAGCUCGGGAUGCGUACGGCGCUGCUCUCGUGUGGCAGCCUGAUCAGCAACGCGUUCGGGUCGCUCAUCGCGUCCGGCAUCCUCGAUGGCAUGCAAGGCAAGCUCGGGCAUGCCGCCUGGCGUUGGCUGUUCUACAUCGAGGGCGCGCUCACGAUCUUCGCCGCCAUCUGUGCGAUCUUCAUUCUUCCAGACUUCCCCACGACGUCCCAUCGCUGGCUCUCGCCGCUCGAGGUCAAGCUCGCCGAGCGCCGCAUGCUGGAAGACGUCGGUGUCGGCGACGAGGCCGAGACUGAGACCGGCGGCCCGCUGCACGGCCUCAUGCAGGCAAUCACCGAUUGGAAGGUGUGGUGGCUUGCGCUCACACUGACCAGCAUGGUCAUCUUCCUGUCCUUCAAUGCCUUCUUCCCGACACUCGCCGCCACGAUGGGCUACAGCACGACGGUGACGCUGCUGCUGUGCGCGCCACCAUGGGCAUUCGCGACGCUCGUCGCCUUCGGCGUCGCACGGCACUCCGACGCGACCGGCGAGCGGUUCUGGCACGUCGCACUCCCGCUCGCAGGCGGGCUCGUCGGAUGCGUGCUGGCGACGGCGACGAUGCACACGGCUGCGCGGUACGUGGCGCUGUUCCUGCUGGCGCAGGCGUACGCGGCGUUCAUCGUGUUCCUGGCGUGGGUCGCGAACAGCGUGCCGCGGCCGCCGGGCAAGCGGGCCGUCGCGCUCGCGCUGGUCAACGCGUUCUCGCAGCUCGGCAACGUCGCGGGCUCGUAUGUCUGGCCGAGUGCGUGGGGCCCGAGUUACCGCUCGUCGUAUGCGAUAUGCAUCGCGACGAACGGGCUCGCGAUUGUCAUGUGCUUUGUGUUCAAGAGGCACCUCGAGACGCUGAACAGGAGGGCCGAGGAGCGCGAGCGCGAGCAGGGGGGUCCCAAGGGUUUCCGGUACAUUACAUGACUUGCGCUUUCUAGAACCGGCGUCGUGUGGGCUAAUUCAAAUGUAAUUUGCACGCAUAUACCCGCAUGUACCGCUGUACCAUUAUUCUCCAUGAUAGUUACAUCAUUCUUUC